UCGUUAUUUUCAACACUGUUUACCGGUAAUAUACUUCGCUUGUUACACCGAAAAUGGAAUGGGCCUAUCUCCUAAAUUAUUCGCCAGGAAAACGAAAGAAAAUCGUAUUGUUUGCUUGUAUGGUUGUAAUUGUUUAUCAAGGCGUACAUACAUUGCCAAAGAUGAAUCGUGUUUUGCAUGGACUUUCAACUAUUUUAACGAAUAAAAGUACGACGCGUGUCGCUACGGUGCCUGUAAUAGAUCCUGUUGAAAGCACAUAUGACUCAAGACGAGCCAGUGAGAAAAGACUUGAGAAAAGUGCACUGGAAUGUGUUAAGCACAAAAUUGUGUAUAAUCGCACUAUCUCGACUGUACUAGUAUCAAAUGAAUACAGGGUCAUUAUUAAUGUCAUUCCUAAAGUGGGGUCAGGUACAUGGAAAAGACUUAUGCGUGGAAUUGACCCAACUUCAGCCAAUGCCAAAGGCAGACGUCGACUGAACUUUCUGAAGUCAUCUGAGUAUGAUCAGUAUGUUAGCGGGGUGUUCUUUCGAGAACCAUUGGAACGUCUGGUAUCGUUUUACCACUUCAUAAUUUCUCCACAUUCAACUACCCACUUCAACCACUAUCACAAAUAUAUAAGAACAGAGAACGGGAACGGCACGACUGAUAAUGAACCGACAUUCAGCCAGCUUGUACAGAUGAUUAUAGAUCAUGGCCAGGUACCACCUCAUUCUCGGCAUUGGGAACGUCAAUACCUACUGUCGCGUAUAUGCGAGUUUAAUUACACUUUUGUUGGCCACAUGAAUCACCUAUCUCAAGACGCCCCAUACUUUGUACAUAUUGCAUUUGGGGACGCAGCCCAUUAUCCAGUGGUACAUGAGAAAAAAGGUGAAGACAAAUUCAGGAAAACAAUGUCAACUCUGUCACAAACACUGAUUGAUCGGCUUAUAGAUUAUUAUAGAUUAGAUUAUGAAAUACUUGGAUUCGAAAUUCCAGACUUAUCUAAAAAAUAG